GAAGUUUCUCAUUCCUCGACCGGAUCGCGGAGUGUUAGGUAAUUUUUUUUCCGUCGCUGGCGCGGGUGCUUCAAGAAAUAGUGCUAAAGUGAAAAAAUCUUCCAGCUGAGAAGGCUGAAGAUCAGUGCUGCACAGUGAACGUUUGAGAAUAAAUCGAAUCGAUUCCGAAUUACGAACGGAUCUUCCUCCAAGAUGGUGCACUACGCCCGUUUGAUGAACGUGCAGGCCAAGCGUGCCGCUCUGUACGCUGUCGAGUCGCAGCAGCGUUAUUUCCACGCUUCGUGCGCGUCCGCCGCCAAGGUCGCUCUGUCCCGCUUUGAUCAGGAUGUUUACCUGCCGUACGAGAAGCUGCAGAAGAACCUCGAGGUCGUCAAGAAGCGGUUGAACCGCCCGUUGACCCUCAGCGAAAAGAUCCUGUACGGCCAUUUGGAUGAUCCGGCCAACCAGGAUAUCCAGCGCGGUACGUCCUACCUGCGAUUGCGCCCGGAUCGUGUGGCCAUGCAGGAUGCCACCGCCCAGAUGGCCAUGUUGCAGUUCAUUUCUUCCGGAUUGCCAAGGGUUGCCGUUCCAUCGACGAUCCAUUGUGAUCACUUGAUCGAAGCGCAAGUUGGUGGCGAGAAGGAUUUGGCUCGUGCCAAGGAUCUCAAUGCUGAGGUGUACAAGUUCUUGUCCACUGCUGGUGCCAAAUACGGUGUCGGUUUCUGGAAGCCAGGAUCUGGAAUCAUUCACCAGAUCAUCCUGGAGAACUACGCUUUCCCCGGUCUGCUGAUGAUCGGUACCGAUUCCCACACCCCGAACGGAGGAGGUCUAGGUGGAUUGUGCAUCGGUGUCGGCGGUGCUGAUGCCGUCGAUGUCAUGGCCAACAUCCCGUGGGAACUGAAGUGCCCCAAUGUUAUUGGAGUUCAUCUGACCGGAAAGAUCAGCGGAUGGACCUCCCCGAAGGAUGUCAUCUUGAAGGUUGCCGAUAUCCUCACCGUCAAGGGAGGUACCGGAGCCAUUGUUGAGUACUACGGCAAGGGCGUCGAUUCGAUUUCCUGUACUGGUAUGGCCACCAUCUGCAACAUGGGUGCUGAAAUUGGUGCCACCACUUCGACCUUCCCCUUCAACCAACGCAUGGCCGACUACUUGGCCUCGACUGGCCGCGCAGCCAUUGCCGGAGAAGCCAAGAAAUUCCAGCAGUCCGUUCUGACUGCUGACUCUGGCGCCAAAUACGACCAGGUCAUUGAAAUCAACUUGGACACUCUGGAACCCCAUGUCAACGGUCCAUUCACCCCGGAUCUUGCGCACCCCAUCAGCAAGCUCGGAGCGAACUCCAAGAAGAACGGAUACCCAAUGGACAUCCGUGUCGGCCUCAUCGGUUCCUGCACCAACUCCUCGUACGAGGACAUGGGACGUUGCGCUUCGAUCGCCAAAAACGCCAUGAAGCAUGGUCUGAAGUCGAAGAUUCCGUUCAAUGUGACUCCCGGAUCGGAACAGAUUCGUGCCACAAUCGAACGCGACGGAAUCGCCAAGACCUUCAAGGAGUUCGGAGGUACCGUUUUGGCCAACGCUUGCGGACCGUGCAUCGGACAGUGGGACCGUAAGGAUGUGAAGAAGGGCGAGAAGAACACCAUUGUAACGUCGUACAACCGUAACUUCACCGGACGUAACGAUGCUAACCCCGCGACGCACUGCUUCGUCACCAGCCCCGAAUUGGUAACUGCUCUGUCGAUUGCUGGCCGUUUGGACUUCAACCCGAUGACCGAUGAGCUGACCGGCAAGGAUGGCAAGAAGUUCAAGCUGGAAGCUCCGUUCGGUGAUGAGUUGCCCCAGAAGGGAUUCGACCCCGGCAUGGAUACCUACGAAGCCCCACCAUCGGAUGGAAGCAAAGUCAAGGUUGAUGUCGACCCUAAGAGUCAGCGUCUCCAGCUGCUGGAACCCUUCGAUGUUUGGGAUGGCAAGGAUCUGACUGAGAUGACCGUGCUGAUCAAGGUUAAGGGCAAGUGCACCACCGAUCACAUCUCGGCUGCUGGACCGUGGCUGAAGUACCGUGGCCAUUUGGACAACAUUUCCAACAACAUGUUCAUUGGUGCCACCAACAUCGAGAACAACGAGAUGAACAAGAUCAAGAACCAGGUCACCGGCGAAUGGGCUGGAGUUCCGGACGUGGCUCGUUUCUACAAGGCCAAGGGCAUCCGCUGGGUGGCCGUCGGUGAUGAAAACUACGGUGAAGGUUCGUCUCGCGAACAUGCCGCCCUAGAACCCCGCCAUCUGGGAGGUCGUGCCAUCAUCACCAAGUCCUUUGCACGUAUCCACGAAACCAACCUGAAGAAGCAGGGUCUGCUGCCUCUGACCUUCGCCAACCCCGCCGAUUACGAUAAGGUUCAGCCCCACUCCAAGAUCUCGCUGCUCGGCCUGGACAAGAUGGCCCCUGGCAAGCAGGUUGACUGUGAAAUCAAAACCGACGGAAAGGUUGACAAAAUCAAGCUGAACCACUCGUUCAACGAGCAGCAAAUCGCCUGGUUCAAGGCCGGCAGUGCGCUGAACCGCAUGAAGCAGAUUGCAGCGGGCAAGAACUAAAUCCCGUUUCUUCGCUUUCCGCCCCUGCAUGUCAUCCACUCAUCAUCAUAACAUAAGCGAUUCUUGCGGUGGUAACCCCUCUCGACGCAAACGAACGCCUACCGACGGCGACGAGAAGUGGGUUCGAAUUAGCUGCAAAGGCUCGUGGCACUCUCGCAAUCAACGAACAGUACAGUAGGCAUCGAUUGCCCAGAAGAGUGCUCCGAGUCGAAGCUUAGAAUACGACCGUAAGGAUUAAAAACACAAAGUAUCUACUUAAGGAAUAACCCUCCCAACUGAAAAUACUAGAAGUCAGACCUCAUUAGGGCGUUAGUGUGAGGAUUUUCUUUUCUUAAUUUGUACAUAGGAAUAAUCGCAAACCAAACCACAUCAUCGUACUACUUAAUGUUGCGAAAGGCAGAGAUGUGCGUGUGUAGUCUGAAGUCAGGUAAAAAAAAACGUUUAGAUGUUCUAAUAUAAUACAAAGCAAAUUAUUCAUCAUUUGAAGAAGCUAGAUUGUCUCCCAGGUUCUAAAUUAUACACCAAAUUGCUACAUACCUAUUGUGUCCCAGUUUCGUUUUAGGCGCUACAAUUUAGGAUUUUUUCUGUAUUUAGUAUGCGACAAUAAAACCGAUAUUACUACGAAAAUUUUAA